AUGGUUUCAACACUACAUGCGGAUUUAAUAAACGACAUAGGGUCACUUCUUCAAAGUGGACAGAAUUACGAUGUGGUAAUUUAUGCAGGCGAAGAACCAAAUACUAAGGAAUAUCUUGCCCACUCUCUCAUAUUAUGUGCCAGGUCAUCCUAUUUUCAGGCUGCAUUAUUAAACAAUUGGGAAAGAAAGAAUGGAGGUGUGACCGUUUUUAAGAAACCCAACAUUUCUGCCAACAUCUUCGGCAUUCUACUUCGAUAUUUGUAUACUGCUACCAUUGAUUUGGAUCAUCUUUCAGCCAUUGAGGUUCUAAAACUUUGGGCGGCAGCCGAUGACUUGGAUUUGCAAAAGUUUUCGGACUUCAUCCGAUCUCAUCUGGAUGACAAGAAAAUAGAUUACCUUAGGCAAGACCCCGUACAAUUCAUUCGCACGAUUGACAAUGUUCACGAAUGGGGUGUAGAAGAUUUUACCAUACUAAGAAAAACCCUGCAUCCAUUCAUCCCCUUGGUGAGAUGGUUCCAAAUCCCGGCUUCCGAUUUUUGGCGAAAGGUUAGGCCCUUUGAAAAAAUUUUACCGAAAGAGCUUUACAUCAGUAUCAUUGGCCACCACCUUGACCCCUCCUCUCAACCCCAUCACAACUCGGAUGUCCUUCCGCCGAGAUUCCACGCUGUCGAUUCCGUUAUAAUUGACCAAAAGCAUUUCGAUAUAAUCACGGGCUGGAUUGAUGAUAAGACUAUAGGAUCCGAAUGCAAGAAUAAAUCCUCUCCUUAUUAUUUCCGUUGUUUAUUUCGUGCAAGUCGGGAUGGAUUUGGGGCUCCAAACUUUCACAAACUGUGCAACGAGCAGGGUCCCACGAUAAUGAUCAGCAAGGUCCGCGAGACUGGACAAAUUAUCGGCGGACACAAUCCCUUAAACUGGCAAGAAGGUUCCUAUCAAUAUGAUACUUGGUUGGAGACAAAGAAAAGUUUCUUGUUUAGUUUCAAAAACAAACAAAACGUAGAGUCGGCAGUUAUAGCGAGGGUGACGAAUCCACAGUACGCGAUAGGAUUCAGUCCUCAACGUGGUCCAAGUUUCGGUGACGGAUGGGACUUGACAAUUGAAAGUGACGGUUCCCUUUAUAGUCAUAGUAAUAAUUCAUACAGCGACAUAACAAAGUUUAUAAAUAACGCUACCCGAAUGAGUUUAGAAGAUUAUGAGGUGUUUCAAAUUGUCUUAAAAAAUCCAAAAGAAAAAUGA